AGUGAAACCUUUUCAAUUGUUACUUAUUGUUUUAAAGCUAGAAAAUAAAAACAAGGAAGUUUUGGCACCAAAUGCAGUCACGGAUUAACGAAAAUGUAACUAAGCUGCUUUGAAGGAGUUGGUAGAGCUGAUCCCAAGUUUGAAGUUCGAACCGGUCGGUCCAAGACCAGAAGACGCUAACCCGAAGAGACGGCCGGUCCCCUUGUUCUGUUGUUAGUGUACAGAAAAACUGUCAAGAAAAGUUUGCGUUUCGUGUCAUAAUGGGUACCAUCGAAGAUAUUGUUUCGUCCAUUGUCAUCCCACCUUCGUGUAAUCACAACUUGGAUGAAACCGUAGAUGUUCAUAACGAAAUGACUAAGGUCAUUAAAAAAACCGGAGUUUUAACUAACAAGCUUCAAGGUGAUAUGAAAUCUUUGAAAGAUAAACUGUCUUCUCUUGAAAAGGAACGUGCUCAGGCUCGGAAGGAUGUGAUAAAAAUGAAAGAAGACAAUACUGCAGUGUCCACAAAGAUUGCAAAAUUAAAAUCCGAGAUUAAGGACGUACAAUACAAAAUUAACAAGAUAAAUCAGAAAUCCAGUAUAACUCAAAAAGAAAAAGAAAUUCUGAAGCAAAAUGAGGAGGAGCUCCAUGCAUACAAAGCAUUCACUGGCAUCAGGUGGAAUUUCAAUGCACCCGACAAUGUUGUCGAGGGAAUAAUUACCAAUUCCAAGACGAAUUUUGUAAAGGUAUUUCAAUUUGAGAAGUCUAUGCCGAACAAGAAAAUUCGUAACUCGCUGUGGUGUCUCAUCGGUGAAGCUGGAUCAGCAUCCUGGCACAAUAUGGAUGAAAAUAAAGAGAAUCAACUGAAGUAGUAAAAUCUGUAUAUAUGUUUCAUUUAUAUUGCCGUUGUUUAUGUAUUUGAUAUCUGAACUGGAAUUAAAUAUUCGUAUUUUACA